GUGAUCGAUGCCAGCUACACAUCACAAACCCAGCCUGAGAGCUUUUCAGACAGCUCUCGCGGUGAGGUAACAUGGCACACCCUGCUCUCAGCUCCCAAGACCUCAUCUCAAGACAUGUCCGCUGGUAUCGCUAGCUGUCCUGCAAACACUGGCUACUUGGCUCACCACCGCCACACUCAGUCAGAAAUCUACUAUAUCAUUUCUGGCAAGGGCGAGGUUACUGUUGAUGGCAAGGUUCAUGCCGUGUCGGGAGGCAGCACGGUAUUCAUUCCUGGAGAUGCCGAGCAUGGUAUCAAGAACACUGGAGACCAGGAACUGAAGUGGUUCUAUGUGUUCCCGACCGCCAGUUUCAGCGAUGUCGAGUACCGAUUCUCGGAAGUGGAG